GCAUGGUGUUUCUCAGAUCUGGAGCCCUGCUUAUCUCUCGGAGACAUGGGUUCAAAGAUUUGGUUCAUUGCAGUUCUUCUUUUGGGGGUUUGCGUCGUUUCUCAAGAGAGUGCGAUUGAAGAUGUGGAAUUGUACGAAGAUCCCUAUGAUGAGCCAGACGAAAUAAUGGAUCCCGAUGAUGAAUCAGAAGAAAUGGAGGAUCCAGAGACGGCGGACUUAUACACAAUGGAGGAUCCGGAGACGACAGAUUUAUAUGAAAUGGGGUAUUCUGACGAUGAUUCAAAUGAAAUAGAUGAAUUUGAGGAUGCUUUAGACCAAACGGAUUUACAGGAUGCAAGACGUCCUCCAAGACCACGACGUCCUCCAAGACCACGACGCCGCCGUUUACGACGUUUUCGUAUACGCCGCUUUCGUCCUGUCAUCAGAGCCCCACCCAGAUUCCGCAUAGCCCGGCGCAGAUUCCGCAGAGCUCCGCGCAGAUUCCGCAGAGUCGUCAGAUUCCGCAGAGUCUCCAGAUUCCGCAGAGUCCCCAGACUCCGCCGAUUCCGCAGUGGGCGAGGUCGUGCUCCCUCAUUGCGACCAAAGGAAGAGGAAGUAAUUAAGGCAAUGUCGAUAUAAUGGAAAGAGAAAGAGGCCAAAGUGCAACGCCUGAAGAUAGCAAAAUGUUGUUCUUUAUAAAGGGGAGGUUCCCAUGUUGACACGUUAAUUGUGACGUCGUCACUGCGUUUCAUCAAACGUGAGCGUGGAGAAAACUUAAUUUAGGACAAGAACAUAUAAGAAAAAUAGAAUUGUUAGAUUUAAAUUCUACUCAAUGAUGUAGAUUUAAGGGUUUGAAAUAAAAGCAAUUUUUAACUGAAA